AUGCCUUAUCCUGAAAGGUUAAAGCCUAAAGCUAAAGAUCAACAGUUAAAAGAUUUUAUGAAGACUUUGGCUAAAGUUCAAAUUAAUCUUCCAUUAAUUGAUGCAAUGAAGAACAUUCCAUCUUAUGCCAAGUUUUUGAAGGACGUUUGCACAAAGAAAAAGAAGCUUGGGGAUUCCGAAAAAGUUAUUCUAACAGAACAGUGCAGUGCGGUCCUAUUGCAUAAAUUGCCUCCAAAGAAAAAAGAUCCAGGGAGUUUUACUAUCUCUUGUGAGGGUGAGCUAAAACUAACAUCCAACAUUAUUCAAUUGGCUGACCGUUCAAUUACCUAUCCUAGAGGGAUCAUUGAAGAUGUUAUUGUGAAGGUUGACAAUUUAUAUUUACCAGCUGAUUUUAUGGUGUUGGACAUGGAUGAGGAUUUGACAACACCCAUCAUUUUGGGCUGCCUAUUCCUAGCAACAGCCCGGACUUUUAUUGAUGUUGAAGUCGGAACACAAACAUUUAGGGUCGAAGAUCAAACAGUUGUUUUAGGUUGUUUGAAGCAAGCAUACAUUCAGGUGAUAAGCAAGAAUGCAUGCGUGUUGAUGCAUUUGAUGGUUUACCAAGUGUCGAGUUUAUGA